AGUGCCCUCGAUGGUUUGACACCUCUAUAAAAAACCAAAUACAAAUAAAAUGAGCGAUGCUGAAGAUAAAACCAAGAGUGAGGACUCGACGGCAAAGGUAGUUUUCAAGAAGUCCUCGCGCAAGAAUCUGCGACAACGCAAGAACUCCGAUGACGGGGAAAAGGAGGAACAGCUAACGCUGGACGAGAUUAAGGAGCGCCAACGUCUGCGCCAGCGUCCAAAUGGGGUCAGCUUAGUGGGUCUGGCGCUCGGCAAGAAAAUCGCUCCGGAGGAGGAGUUGGCCAUUAAAGAUCCCUUCAAUGUGAAAACUGGUGGCCUGGUCAACAUGGCAACACUUAAGUCUGGCAAGAUGAAGGAAGCCGAGGAUCCCUAUGAUGUGGGCAUUGGCACACAGUUCUCCGCUGAGACGAACAAGCGCGAUGAAGAUGAGGAGAUGAUGAAAUACAUCGAGCUAGAGCUGCAGAAGCGCAAGGGCGGCGGCACAGAUGCCGCAGACAAUGACGACGACGUGAAUAAAUACCUAACACCCGAGGACGCGGCACUGUAUGCCCUGCCUGACCACUUGCGGCAAUCGUCCACGCACAGAUCUGAGGAGAUGUUGUCCAAUCAAAUGCUAAACGGUAUUCCCGAGGUAGACCUGGGCAUUCAGGCCAAGAUCUGCAACAUUGAGGCCACGGAGGAUGCCAAACAGAAGCUGCUGCAGGAUGCCAAGAACAAGAAGGACGGGCCAUCGCAGUUUGUGCCCACGAACAUGGCUGUCAACUUUAUGCAACACAAUCGCUUCAACAUCGAGGAGAACAGCGAACAGCGUAGGCGCAAACGGGAGGAAAGGGAGGGCAAAAAACCAUCCCAGAAUCACACAGGUCCCAAUGGUGUGAAGCGUGCGACCGACGACUAUCAUUAUGACAAAUUUAGGAAACAAUUCCGCAGAUAUUAAAGGAACAAUUUUUAUUUUAAGAAAUGCUCUUUUUUAUUGUCAAGUUAAUUUACAUACUAAGUAUAGUUAUAUAGAAAUAUAAGCUGUGCGUGUUCAACC